UUUACGUUAGGGCACGGCCUUUGCAUUGGAGUUACCCAAGUUACCUCUCUGCAAAAAUCAAAAUCGAAAGUUGGAAUUCGUCGAGAGAAGGGAGGACGGAGACGGAGAGAUAUGAAGAAAUCGGGAGCGGAGAAGAAGAGAGCGCGGCGAUCGACGGGAGGCGCGUUACAGAAUGGCGGCGGCGGCGGCGGAGGAGGUGGAGGCAACAACAGAGAUCCCAACACCGACAACACUCCUCCUAAGAGACAAGGUUCCAAGAAGGAUUUAUUUCAGUUGUUUGCUGAGAAGGUGAGAGAUCAUAAAGAUCUGGAAUCUAGGUGGGCAGUCUUACAAGAGACACGUGUUGAAUAUUUCAGAGGAAAGGAUUUUGUUAGUUUCCUAAAAAAUCAUCCAGAGGUCAAAGAAAUACUAGAAUCAGAUAGGAACCUAGAAGUAGAAGACAUUGCCAAUAUUCUGCUCAGAACGAAUCUUUUAGUGCGCUGUGAUCGUGUUGUCAAAACUGUUCGGCCUGGGAAGAGAAAAUUGUCUACAUGGCCAGCACAUUUGGAGAUAUUUCCUGAUCAACUUUUUUCAGAGAAUGAUGCCUUUUUUGCAUGGACUUUCGUAAAACGACGGCCAUUGUGGCAGACACUUCUAUCAUUUUUCUGGCCUGUAUUGACGCUUGCGAUCUGCUUGUUUCCUGUGUAUCCCCAUCAGGCCAAGCUCCUUAUACUCUAUUCCUGUGCUGGAAUCCUUCUACUUAUACUUUCCUUGCUUUUGAUAAGAGCUACAAUUUUUGGUGCUGUAUGGAUCAUUAUUGGGAAACGUGUCUGGAUUUUCCCCAACAUACUUGCAGAAGAAGCAACACUCAGUGAAUUAUUCCGUUUUUGGCCCAAGAAAGAUGAGGAUGAGCGGCCAAAGUGGACAGCAAGGCUUUUCUAUGCAAUAAUGGCUGUGUUGGUCAUAUUACUUCUAAGGCAUCAUGCCCCUGAUGAGGCUGCUAGAGCCAGGUACCAUAAGCGGGUCUCGAAUAUUAUUGAUGAUGUUAUUGAGUGGUCUCCAAGAUUGGCUUUGUCUGGGAUGAUGGAGAAGCAGCAAACUGUGCUGAACACCACUGAGCCCGACAACAAUUACACCGUCGGGAGCAGCGCAAACUCUGAAAAAGUGGUGGAAUCUGCGGACUUUAAUGAAGAUACUACUACCCUGGAGCAACAUGUGGAUGAAGAUGGUAUUGGAAACAGUGAGGAAUCUGAAUCAUCUACUGCAUCACAAUGAUAUACAUGGCUGAGCAUGGAAGUGGAAGCAGCAGCGAACAGAUACAGUUUUUUUUUUUUUUUCUUUUUUUUCCCCCUACCUAUUGUUGGUUUUCUGUUUAUUAAUUAUCAACUUGUAGAACCAUGUAAUCAACUAUGAUAAUAAAUCAGUGUGCCUAAAGAUUAUGCUCUUUCUAUUGUUCA